UUCGGUUUCGCAUCUUGCUUCCUGUCCACAAAUACUGAAAGCUUUUCUAAUGGCUUCCUCAGUGUUUGUGAGCUUCCACGAUGAAGACAUCCACUUCAUCACAGGUUUUGUUCUUGAUCCUCUCAGAAGUAGCGGCAUCCACGUCUUCGUUAAAGGUGAAUCCAGAACUUUCGACCUCUUUCAAGCUAUUGACCGCUCUCGCCUUUUCAUUGUGGUCCUUUCCAAAAACUAUGCUUCCUCAAUUUGCUGUUUACGUGAACUAGUGGCCAUCAUCGAUGCCGUUGAAUCUUCUCCAAGGUCCGUUCUGCCUAUUUUUGAUGAUGUCCAACAAUCUGAGGUACUAUUUCUGAAUGGAUGUUAUGGGCAAAUCUUUUCGAAACACGAAGAAAGAUUUAGGGAACACAAGCAGAGGAUGGAAGAAAUGCAGAGAUGGAGAGAAGCUCUCACACGAGUGGUUGGUUUCCCGGGUUUGAAUAUGGAAAAUGUGACAGAACAUGGAGAUUUUGAUUUUGUUCGAUAUGCAGCACAUAUUUUGGGUCGUGAGUUUUUAACUUCUCAAAAUGAAACAAUAUCCAGCACAUAUGGAAAAUUUGACGAUAUUGUUCAAUAUAAAGAUGGAGAUGAAGUUUCAUACAAGGAGCUGCGAGGUUUGAUUAGGUUAAGGGAUUUUAUCAGCCUCGUGUUGACUUAUCCAGUGAAGUUAGAAGAGGACGGUGUAUUAAGAUCCUGGAUUAGUGCAUUUCCUGAAUGGAAAGCUCAGUUAUUUUCCACUGAUGGUUUUCCUGGGAUUUGUAAACCAUGGAGUCUAUUAACCGAGAAGGCACUGGGAUGCAUGAAAGGAUUCAUGCCAGUGGAAAUAAUGGCUGAAAUAGAAAGUGGCGAGAGAUCCCUCUUCAACCGCCAUAAUGAUGUAAUACCAGAAGGCCUUCUCCCCCUAAGUGUUGAUCUCGCAGUUGACCAACUAAUUCAAACUUUGUUUACUGUAGAUUACUGUGCGCGCUAUAUCAGAUUGUUGACCAGAAACUCGUCUGAAAAAGAAUCUGUAGUAAACAAAAUACAUACAGCCUUGGAAGCUAAACACAACAUGUUUGGAAAUGACCAAGAUUUUCUGAUGGCCGUAUGGAUCAAUGCCUUAACAUGUGAGACUGAUGCGGAGGUUCACGUUCAAGAAGAAAUCAAUAAGAUCAUGGUGAGUAUUUCUAUGACAGAAGGUGACGACAUGUUAACUACACUAGACACUGACAAAAAGAAGAGCAGCAAUAGGCUGUUGGUGAUUGUAGUGGAUGCAGAUAGCAACAGGAAGCUGGACCUCCAAAAAGUGCAAUUUCCAAGUGGCAUAGUGGUGUUGAUAGCAACUGAGUCUUCAACACAAGCGAUGAAGGAUGAUGACUUUGGAAUUGCAUGCACAAUGGAUUUGAAUAUUUGGACCCAGGAUCAUAUGUUGCCUUGGAAACUCUUCUAUACGUAUGUGCGAAGUUGUAUUAGCUGUAGCACAGUGGAUUCAUCAAUGACCAUUCAGAAAAUAGCGGUGGAAAUAGUCAAGAAAAGCCAUGGCCAUCUUCUUGCCAUUGUCCUUGUGGCAAAACAUCUUAGGUAUGUGAAAGAUGAUAAAUACUGGGAGCUUGUACUUGACAAAUUAAGCAACCCGAAUCCUUUCUAUGAUUAUCAAGAUUGUGACCGAAUUGGCAUCAGUAGAGUCAUGGUCAAUGCAUUUGUAAAUAUUAUUUGGGAAGACAUCGAUGAUGAACUAAAGCUUUGCCUCCAACUCAGUUUACCUGUUCACAACAUUAAGAAUGGGGUGAGAGAUGAUAUCUUGGUUUCUUAUUGGGCUAAUACAUUACGAUACACACAAGAGCUUGGUGAAUACAAGAGACAGUUACAAUAUUACCUCGAGGAGCUUCUAGACUGUUUUCUCUUGUUGAAAUUUGAAAGUAGAGAUGUCUGUUUGCCAAUAGAAACCUAUGAUAUAAUUAAAUCAUUACAAAUCUCAAAACCUUCCAUCAUAUGGCAUGGUGCAUUAGGAUUGACGGAUAUUGGACAAUGGCAUAGUCUUAUUCAGAUAGAAUUGGUUAACAAUAAAAUAUGUGAACUGCCACAAUCACCAGACUGCCCCAAACUCAAAGUGUUGUUGUUGCAGGGCAAUGCUGAUUUAUUGGAUAUCCCUGAUUUAUUUUUCGACCACAUGCCUCUACUUCAACACUUGGACUUAUCCUACACUAGUAUAAGGGAUUUGCCCCCUUCUCUCGCCAAAUUGAUGCAACUUAAGAAACUAUAUCUUAAAGGUUGUGAUCUCUUCAUGGAAAUAUCCCCGCAAAUUUUUCAGCUGAAGAAUCUUGAAGAGCUUGAUCUUCACGGGACUUUGAUAACGCAUUUGCCAAAAGACAUUAGAGAAUUGAUCAACCUGCAACGCCUAGUCCUAUGCUUUGAUGCAUACCAUCAAGUACUUAGUCGUGGUAAAAAGGGCAAGCAGAUUUCUAACACAAUGAUAAUUCCUCCAGGAGUGAUAUCAAAUCUUACUCAGUUGAAUUAUCUAAGCCUUGACGUCGACCCUGAAGAUGAGCAAUGGAGCGAGAACGUUAAUGGUGUCUUGAUGGAAAUUUUGGGACUAGAGGAGUUGAAGACGGUGAGCAUAUAUGUUCCAGAGGCUGAUCUCUUGGAACUCAUACCGGCCAAAAAAUUUCUCAAUUUCCGAUUGGUUGUUGGUCAUCACAUGCGGCGUCUAAUAUCCCGUGUAACACCUGAACUAGAGACAAAAUUCAAACAUUUUGACUAUAGCAUGAAGUUUGUUAAUGGUGUAAAUGUUCCCAAUGGUGUAAAGAUGAAUCUUGGUCGCUUCAAGGCUUUGUACCUUGACCGACAUAUGACCAGCAAGAGUCUCUCGGAUUUCAAUUUGAACAACGUACGCAUGUUGAAAGUUUGCAUAUUGGCGGAAUGUAAUGAAAUGGAAACAAUUGUCGAUGGUGAUUAUUCACCUGAUGAAGAUUUUUCUCUAAUGUUGGAGUUGUUGAGUGUAUUUUAUAUGAAGAAUUUAAGAAGCAUUUGCCAAGGGUGUGGUCCCUUUUCCUACUUAAAGUAUAUGGCAUUACACACUUGCCCCAUGUUAACUACUAUCUUCAACUUACGUAAUUUUAUCAGCCUUCCCUUUUUGGAAGAGAUUCAUGUUGAAGACUGUCCAAAAGUAACGACCCUAAUAAGUGAUGACUCACCAAAACGUAAACCAGCGUUUUCCCUGCCCAAGUUGAGAGUGAUGUCGCUUCUUUAUCUUCCCAACUUGGUGAAUAUUUUUAAUGGCCUGCGUGUUGAACAUGUUUUAGAAGAAAUGAUUUUUUAUUGUUGCCCAAAACUCCAAAGUCUUUCCAGAUCAGAGUUGCCAUGGGUAUUUUUGAAGUUCAUCAAAGGAGAAAGCAUAUGGUGGGAAGCAUUGAAAUGGAGAGUAUCCGAGUGGGGUUAUGGUGGUCGACCCAAAUUCUUUGAGCAAUUUUUUAAACCAAUUAAUGUGGAGGUUGGCAUGAUGAACCCACCAUCCGCACAUCAAGAGACUCAACUAAAUAAAUAUCUCGGCGGAAUGUAUCAGGGAGUUUCAAGCUCUACCGAGUUGAUGACGAAGUUACAUUUAGAAACGCCUCGUUUGUUGCCUUCAACCCCAUUUCCGUUAUCGGACAGUAAAGAAGGUGAAGCCCAAAAGCGGAAAGCCGUUAUUGAGCCAAUAGUAGUACCACCGUUGUUAAGAAGGAAACCAAACCAGGGUAUUUAUAAAAGAAGACUUCUCCGCCAAGCUGUGAAAGAGAUACGUACUGAUCAGACUUUAGAUGAUGGAUUUAGCUGGAGAAAAUAUGGGCAGAAGAACGUUCUUGGAGCUAAGUAUCCGAGAGCAUAUUACCGCUGCACGCAUAAAAGCACACAAGGGUGCCCAGCAACAAAACAAGUUCAAAGGUUAGAUGGCGACCCAACAACAUUUGAGUUAACUUACAUCGGAACUCAUAGUUGCACCCAAAAACAGGAUUUAAUAGCAGAAAGUGGAGAUGCCGAAGUAUUAGUAGCAGAAAGUAGAGAUGCCAAAGUAUUAGUAGCAGAAAGUGGAGAUGCCGAAGUAUUAGAAGAUUUUUGGGGAAAAGCAAAUUCUGCAUCAUCUAGCAACAAAAGUUCUAUUACUGUUUUGGAGGGAACAUCACCUGAACCAAAACAACUUCAGAUGAGUCUACCUUCAGAAGAUGAUUUAGAUUUUGGUCUAUUUACAUUUUUAGAUGACCUAAUUUAA